AUGAAAUUCAUCAUCUGCUUGGCUCUCCUCUUCGCCGUCGCUCAGGCGAAUCCAGGUCUCGUAGCUCCUCUGACUUAUUCAGCUGUGCCCACUGUGCCCACCCAUGCAGCGUCUCCUUACGCCUACAGCGCUUAUGCCGCACCCGUUGUCACCACCUACUCUCACGCCGCCUUUGCCGCUCCUGCUGUGUACAGCGCUCCAGUGGCUCGCGUUGCUGCUGUCGCUCCUGUCGCUCCUGUUGCGUAUGCCGCCCCUGUUGUCUCAACGUUACUGAAGAAAUAG